GCUUCCUCAAGAUUAGGUCGUGCUUUAGCCGAGCUGUUUGGUCUCCUGGUUAAGCUGUGUGUUGGAUCUCCUGUUCGGCAAAGGAGAAGUCACCAUGCAGCAAGCACCACCACAGCACCCACUCCUGCUGCUCGUUCCACUGCUUCUUCUCUCACCAAAUUGCUUACCAAAGGCCUUUCUUGGCAGCCUCCUCCUUAUACCCCGACACCUAGGUUCAGGUUAACAUUCUUCAUAUGUUCAGUUGGCUUCACAUCUCCCAUGUUGUUUGAUGAACGUAAAUAUCCUUAUCAUCUGAUGCUACAGAAAUUUUUAUGUUCUGGUGGACACAAUGCACUCUUUGAAACAUUUAACUGGGCCCUUUCUAUGGGUGGAAGAGUACCAGUUUCUGAAGGUUUGGAGCACCCAGACCUACCGGAUGGUACUGGGGAAUUUUUGGAUGCAUGGCUCAUGCUGGUGGAAAAGAUGGUGAAUCCUACCACUGUUUUGGAGUCGCCACACUCUCUACCUCCCACCAAGCUGCCUGGAGGACAGAACUUCCCUCAGUUUAGUGCCUUGCGAUUCUUGGUUGUUACUCAGAAGGCAGCCUUCACUUGUAUAAAGAACUUGUGGAACCGAAAGCCGUUAAAGGUAUAUGGAGGUCGAAUGGCUGAAUCUAUGCUGGCUAUCUUAUGUCAUAUACUUCGUGGUGAGCCAGUGAUUCGAGAACGUUUGAGUAAAGAACGGGAAGGCAGCCGGGAAGAAGAGGGAGCGCAGCAGGAUGAGAGUGGAGCAAGACGAGAGCCACAAGUAAACCAACAGCAACUUCAGCAGCUUAUGGAUAUGGGUUUCACACGAGAGCAUGCAAUGGAAGCUCUUCUCAACACAAGCACUAUGGAGCAAGCCACGGAAUAUCUACUCACUCACCCACCUCCUCUUAUUGGAGGAGUCGUGCGGGACUUGAGUAUGUCAGAGGAAGAUCAGAUGCUGAGAGCCAUUGCCAUGUCGUUGGGACAAGAUAUCCCUAUGGAACAGAGGGCAGAGCUGCCCGAGGAAACUGCACGUCGAAAAGAGGAAGAGGAACGCAAGGCCCGCGAGAAACAAGAGGAGGAAGAGGCCAAGUGCCUAGAGAAGUUCCAAGAUGCAGAACCCCUGGAGCAAGAUGAACUGCAUGGGUUUACAGACACAAUGCUCCCU